GUUUCUUAGGUAGUCCACGUGGCUGCAGAGGAGUAGGAAGUGGAUUGUGCUGUCAUGAAGCUCCUGGGGACAGUGCAGAAAUGGCUUCAUCUCUGGUGCUUCUUCAGCAUCGCGGUGCUCCACUCUGUGUCAGCUGGAGGUGCAUAUUGUGCAAAAACGGCCCAAGCUCGUGCAGCUGCUUUGGGAUUGGAGUACCCUGGAGUCCAUGGAGCCCCAGAUCUCUCUUCACCAGCUCAUUAUGUGAAGCAGCCUAGCACUUUUAGUUAUGAUCAAAUGACUCAUACUCCACAUAACAUGGAUAUCUACUCCCACCAUCAGCCAGAGGAAAGCCCCUUUGACAUGACCUACCAACAAUUCCACCCCAGGAGCUCUGACGGGAUCCUACCAAGCCAUGAUGCCUACAUGAUGGUUCGGGGUAGAUCCCGCACCAACCCAAUGCUCAGCGUUCCUACAGGACAGUCACCUGGUAUGCCCGAGUCCAGCUUUGAAGAGGUCAAACCUGUUCCUCUGAGCCAGUUGGACCUGACGACUCCCCAAGGUUACAAAGAGUAUGACCUUGAUGUUGACCAGUCUGCUCCAAAUAGACAUGGCAUGCCUCGGCGUAGACCAUUUUGGCCCCUAAGAUGGAGUCAUGCAAUCAAGGGUACCCUUAGGAAAGUGGCCCCAUCCCCUCACCCCAAAAUGAGCCGAGCUCCUAUGAAUGGUUACUGGAAGAUGUUUCGGUUUCCCCACCACCUUGCUCAGCAUCUGCACAAGCACCUCGAUUCUAAACCCCCUCGAGCAAAAUUUGUUCUGAAACAUAAGGCGAAAACAAAGCUGCACGUAAACCUGAAGUAAAGAGGCCCUGACACAGCACAGCUGUCCUUGUCGGAUAGCUUCCUCCUGACACAAGUUAACAGAAAAGUGGUUUGUAAGGUGGAGGAGGGGGCAGCACGUCUUCAGAGUCCAUUAUGCAGCUCCACUUCAAAUGUAUGUGAAACUUAUCUGUACAGGUUCCUGCAUUGUUGCUUCCUCACCUGUAUCACAAAGCGAUGUCACCUUCUCACUUUAAAUGUGUGUAAAAUUCCAAAUGCUUUUCUUUUCCUUCACUUAAUGACAUGCUGAGGAGUAAAUGCUACCAGAGUGCCACCUGUUGGUCCAACGUGGGAGAUGUUUGGUGUACCAGGUGUUUUUAGUAAAAGGUGCAACUUGUGUUUUAGCUUUCCAGAAUGUUUAAUAUCUGCCUUGUGCUGUGGUGAUAUAAAGUUAAUUUUAAAAAUGCA